CUCCUUACCAUCUACGCGCAUACUGCGUAUUCGACUGCAGGACCAGGAUCUCUAACUUCUAUUGGCUCGCACUUUGCUCAAUCGGAUUUUCUGGGGAAUUUUGCGGUACAAUAAGCACCGACAGCUCUAGUGCGGGGAAAUUUCCAACCCUGCCGGUGACGACACGAACAAAAACACAAGACUCAGCGCGGAGUCAUCGCGUUUGAUAGCUGUCUACGAGUCUCCGCAUCGCAUCGAAUAUUAGGCCGAAAGAUAUUGCAUUGCACAGCUCAGUCAGACACAGUCGUGCCCGAGAACAGAAGCCCUUUUUCCCAUAAAGCUGCUUGGACAUUCCACCAACUCAAUCACAUCCAGGAUCCCGCCACACUUCACUCAACCAAACAAUACUCUCCGUGGAAUAAGAUCAGGCCAGGAUCGUGAAAUAUGGGAAGCUGGGGUGAUCUACUUUCUCUCGUCUUGACUUUUGGCCUGUUGGCUGGAGUAGCUUUCGCUGCCGUCGUCGGUGCCCGACGCAUCUCUGAAUUCACAAACCAGACUAAGACAUCUUUGAAAGAAAAGGGCUGGAACAUCUCUGGGGAGGGUGUCAGUGUGAAGACGAAUAAGAGGCUUGAAAGGAGUGAUUAUAUCGAUGCUACACAACGGGGCAUGAUGAAAGUCAUGGACGCCGCUACUUACGGUGGCACCGCCCAGAACGCGCCCGGUGCCGGUGAAGGCGCGAAACCCCUGAACCGCACACAUUCAAAGACGAGCUCGCAGACGACGUUCUUUGGUGGUGAGGAGGACAAGAAUCAUGAUGGGGGAGGGGAUGACAGGCGGAGGGGGAUUUUGCAUAGGAAGAAACAUUGAGUUUGGUGAUGGUGCCGGCGUGCCAGUGGAUGACCGUCCUGCGGCAAUAUCUGGGUUUCUUGGUGAUACUUAUAGGGGACAUUGGAUUCUCGCUGAUGAUUACCACUCAAUUCAUUAUCGAAGUUUCCUACUUAUUUAUA